CGCCCCCCCUAUUGCCGCGGCGCUAUGGAAACUGGAGGCGUUGCGUUGUAGGCCGCGCGCCGGGAAGGAGGUCUCUAAAUGUUCAGUGGUACAGCUGCACUAUUGAACUGUGAGGAGUCCCGUGGGUUUGGGACGCCAGUGUGAUUGCAGAGAUGAGGCCUGCUACUUCCACGGAUGAUGAAGAAAAUGCUACAUUUAAAAUUUUAGUUGCUACCGACAUUCAUCUUGGGUACUUGGAGAAGGAUGCUGCACGUGGAAAUGAUACGUUUGUAACAUUUGAUGAAAUAUUGAAACUUGCUCAAGAUAAUGAGGUGGAUUUUCUUUUAUUAGGAGGAGAUCUCUUUCAUGAAAACAAACCUUCCAGAAAAACAUUACAUACUUGCUUAGAAUUAUUAAGGAAAUAUUGUAUGGGUGACCGUCCUAUUCAGUUUGAAAUUCUGAGUGACCAGUCAGUUAAUUUUGGUUUUAGCAAGUUUCCUUGGGUGAACUAUCAAGAUGGCAAUCUCAACAUUUCUAUUCCAGUUUUUAGUAUUCAUGGCAACCAUGAUGAUCCAACAGGGGCAGAUGCUCUUUGUGCUUUGGACAUCUUAAGUUGUGCAGGACUUGUGAAUCAUUUUGGACGAUCACCGUCUGUAGAGAAGAUAGACAUUAGUCCUGUUUUGCUUCAGAAGGGCAGUUCCAAAAUUGCUCUUUAUGGAUUAGGAUCUAUUCCAGAUGAGAGGCUUCACAGAAUGUUUGUGAACAAGCAAGUAACUAUGCUGAGACCAAAGGAAGAUGAAGAUAGUUGGUUUAAUCUGUUUGUAAUUCACCAGAACAGGAGCAAACAUGGUGCCACAAAUUAUAUUCCAGAACAGUUUCUAGAUGAUUUUAUUGAUCUUGUAAUUUGGGGUCAUGAGCAUGAAUGUAAAAUAGCUCCUGCCCGAAAUGAACGACAACUUUUCUAUGUGUCUCAGCCAGGAAGUUCAGUGGUUACAUCUUUGUCACCAGGAGAAGCUGCCAAAAAGCAUGUUGGCUUGCUGCGCAUCAAAGGCAAAAAAAUGAAUAUGCAAAAGAUUGCUCUCCAAACAGUACGGCCUUUCUACAUUGAGGACAUUGUUCUUGCUGACCAUCCUGACAUCUUUAAUCCUGACAAUCCUAAAGUAACACAAGCAAUACAGGCUUUCUGCAUGGAAAAGGUUGAAGCCAUGUUGGACAAUUCAGAAAGAGACCGUCUUGACAAUCCCAGACAACCAGAUAAGCCUCUAAUAAGAUUACGAGUAGAUUACAGCGGAGGCUUUGAACCAUUCAACAUUGUGCGCUUCAGCCAAAAGUUCAUGGAUAGGAUAGCUAAUCCCAAAGAUAUCAUACAUUUUUUCAGGCACCGGGAGCAAAAAGAGAAAAAUGAUGAGAUUAACUUUGGAAAACUGGUCCACAAGCCUGCAUCAGAGACAACAACUUUGAGGGUAGAGGAUCUUGUUAAACAAUACUUUCAGACAGCUGAGAAGAAAGUGCAGCUUUCCCUCCUGACUGAGAGAGGCAUGGGAGAGGCAGUGCAAGAGUUUGUGGAUAAGGAGGAGAAAGAUGCAAUUGAGGAGUUGGUGAAAUUCCAGCUAGAGAAGACGCAGCGGUUUCUGAAGGAACGCCAUACAGAUGCAGAGGAAGCCAAAAUCGACGAAGAGGUGCAACGCUUUAGAGAGUCAAGAAGAAAAAACACCAUGGAGGAAGACGAGGAAGUUCGAGAGGCUUUAAACAGGGCCAAAGCUCAUAGAUCUCAGGGAGGUUAUCAUGCUUCCGUCAAUAGUGAUGAUGACCUUAUGGAUGUGGCUACCUCUGGUCAAAGGGCUAAUGAUGAUUCGGAUGAUGAUGAUGAUAUGCCACCAAGCAGAGGAAGAGGGAGAGGUCGGGCAAGAGGCGGUAAAGGGCAGAACGUAACAGCAAGAGGAGCAUCUCGACGAGGAAGAGGAGGAGGCGCAUCCGUUCCUACAAAGAAUAUGUCCAUCAUGGAUGCUUUUAAGUCAUCAAGACAGCAACCUCCCCGGAAUAUGCCAAUCAAGAGUUAUUCAGAGGUAAUUGAAGAUGAUGACUCAGAUUUGGAAGAAGUGUCUUUUACUCCUUCCUCCACUGCAAAUCAAAGAUCAUUCGGAGCAUCAGUGUCUAGCAAUAGGAGCUCACAGAGCCAGGCAUCAAAAGGAGUAGACUUUGAAUCUGAUGAGAAUGAUUCUGAGUUAUUCAAGAGUACUUCAAGAAGAAGCAAGCGAUAAUUUCAGAGCCUGCUGUAUGGAAGGAUAAUACAGGGGAAAGAAAAAAAAAACCCUGAAAAUUCUGUAAACAAAUCUUACGAUCUAUGCAGCUUUUCUCCAAUAAUUUCACUGUUAAUUACAUGUUGCCUUGAAAUGUUUUGCUUCCUUGAUGGAAGAUUAAUUAUUACCUAUUCUCUAUAUGUAGUAUCGCUUACCGGUAAUCCAAAUGGCAUUUCUAAGAGCUGAACCAUAUUCCUCCCUGCCUUUGUUUAAGAUAGAAUAACUACUCAAAGAAGACGAUGAGGCAGUGGGCCCAUUGCCCAGACCAUUGCUGAGGAACAGCCAGUGGUUUUAAAAAUUCCAUUACCUUUUUAUAUUACAGAGGAAUAAAUGAGACCUGUUCUGUAAGUGAA